AUGUACUUUUAUGGCUGUGCCUAUCUCCUACAAGCGUGGGGUUGGUCUAGGAUGCCAACGCUUGCUCCAAUAAACCGGAAUUUUUUUACAUUCCCGUACGCCAACAAGUGGUCUGUUCUAGGGAUGAAUUAUCAGAGAUGUCCCAGACACUCUAUAAUUCAAUACCGCAACCUCAUCGACCACCUUGAGCCCGAUGAUUUUGUCUAG